CGUUCUGGUACCCACCUUUACCAAAUCCCUGCGCCCUCAAUUUUGGCCGCUCAGGAGACCCCGGGAAACGACGCCGCAAAAGACGAUGGCCCGGCAAGGACCAUGAAGGAUGCUCAUUAUUGCUUUUAGAGAGAAACGAAGCUCAUUUCGCAUUUUGCGCCGCAGCGGAACCCCAUUGUGCUACUUGCUCGCACCUCUGUUCUUGACUGAGGUCUGGCCCCCGACCACCAUCCCCAUUUAUGUCUCGACAUGUUUUGGAUCGAAUGAGAAACGGGCCCGGCAAAAACGACAACUCGAAGAGCGAGCUCGUGGGAAGAAGAAAGGUGGCCCGCACCUGCACAGACGCUGGCCGCCUGCAGAGAGCUUGUUCGGGACACUGGUCCAAUCAGGGAAGGGGGGGGCGCUGAUUGCCCGGACAGGGGGGCGUCGACAUGGCUGCAGCCAAAAUGAGCAGAUCGCCAAAUGCUGGGUAUCCUUCUUUCUAUCUGGCGAGGCAAGCAAAACUUCCUGAUGUUUGAACUCUGAAGCAGUUUCCUGAUGGUUGUGCUGCUUGCGAGUUACUGGGAGUUUGCCGUCAGUCAAUAGGUCAAUGAAUUGAUUCAUCUGUUCUCGAAGGAUUAAACGUUUCGAGGUCAUCUGAACUUUGCUCCACAAGGCAGUGACGGCCGGGACCAGCGGGAAUUGGGGUCGAGGGCAGUUGAAGAGCUGGCAUUGGACGAAAAGAAACAAUUGAGCUACUCGCU